AACACAUACAUACUGAUGGGAAACGUUUAUCGCUAGGUUGUUGAGAGCACAGGGCCACCUCUCGGUUGAACUUAGGCAAUUUCGAUGGAGAGGCGUUUUAAGAAUCCAGUAAAAUAACACGUGGCAACAACAACUAACCCCGAGUCAAUUGAAUCAGUGACGCGGAGAAGGCCCCGAGACGCUGAGAGGGACACAGCCAGAACUGAAGCUUGUUUUUCUGCGGGGCAGACAGCGGAUGUGAAAAUACUGCGGGUGUUGCGAGCUCGCGUUGGGGGGUCGUUUGCCUGUCCCGGAGCUGUUGUGCAGAGCGGGCGCACAGUCCUUGCAGGAAUGCCAGGCUCCUAACGAGCUCGGCUCCGGCCCCAGGGGUGGGGUGGGGUGGGGUGGCGGUGGGGGAGGGGCACGGCUCCAGCUGAUCACAGAAUCCGGCCCGCGCGUUCCCGCUUCCUAACGGCCUCGAAAUGAUUUACACGAGCAGAAGGUGUGCACUGGCGGGCUCCAGCUGGCCUUCGCGUCACGGCAUUGUUGCAGCAUCCGGCAGUGAGACUGAGGAUGAAGACAGCAUGGAUAUUCCCCUGGACCUUUCCUCUUCAGCGGCCUCUGGCAAGAGAAGGAGGAGAGGCAAUCUGCCCAAGGAGUCUGUCCAGAUCCUGCGGGACUGGCUGUAUGAACACAGAUACAAUGCAUAUCCCUCCGAGCAAGAGAAAGCCCUGCUCUCCCAGCAAACACACCUGUCCACACUGCAGGUCUGCAACUGGUUCAUCAACGCCCGCCGCAGGCUCCUCCCUGACAUGCUGAGAAAGGAUGGCAAAGAUCCAAAUCAGUUCACGAUUUCCCGCCGUGGGGCCAAGAUUUCAGAAGCCAGCUCUGUGGAAGCUGCCAUGGGCAUCAAAAACUUCAUGCCAGCUCUCGAUGAGAGCCCGUUUCAUUCCUGCACAGCUGGACCCAACCCAACCCCAGGGAGGCCAGUGUCUCCCAAGCCUUCCUCCCCGGGAUCCGUUCUGGCUCGCCCAUCAGUGAUCUGCCAUACCACUGUGACUGCACUGAAAGAUGGGCCCUUCUCUCUCUGCCAGCCGGUCGGUGUGGGACAGAGCACAGAUGUACAGCAAAUAACAGCCAGCAACUUUACAGACACCUCUCUCAUGUACCCAGAGGACGCUUGCAAAUCUGGACCGAGUCCAAACCCUCAGAGCGGUCUUUUCAACACUCCUCCCCCUACUCCGCCGGACCUCAACCAGGAUUUUAGCGGAUUCCAGCUUCUCGUGGAUGUUGCACUCAAACGGGCGGCAGAGAUGGAGCUUCAGGCCAAACUCACAGCUUAACCCUUUUUCAGACAAAACAGUGCUCCAAAAUAGGGUCCUGAUUGUCAGGGUGAUGGCAAGAGAUGCAUUAUUUUAUAUAUUUUUCUAUUAAUAUUUGCACAUGGGAUUGCUCAAACGAAGCUUCCUGUUACUGAGAUGUCUUCAAUGGAAUACAGUCAUUCCAAGAACUACAAACUAAAGCUACUGUAGAAACAAAGGGUUUUCUUUUUAAAAAUGUUUCUUGGUAGAUUUUUCAUAAUGUGAGAUGGUUCCCAAUAUCAUGUGAUCUUCUCCCCACUCCUUUUUUUGAUGUUUUUUUUUUUUUUCAGACUGUGCAAUACUUAGAAACCGUAGUGUCUUUCUAUUUCCAUGUGGAACAGGAUGCCCACAUACAGUCUAAUGAAUAAACAUUCAGUUUUUUUUUAGAUUCAAGCAAGUAUGAAUCUAGUUGUUGGAUAUCUUUUUUUCAUGAUGUAAUAAAGUAUUUUCUUUAAAAGUUA